UGAAACUACCGCAUUUCUAGCUUUAAUGGGUUCUUUGUUUCUUUCCACAACAUCUCUUUAUGCAGCGAGGGAGAUGCGGAUUGAAAACAUGCAGAUUCAGUCUGUUCAAGACAACGGAAGCCUGUUCAGAUCAGAAUUUGCUGCAUUCCCAUCAAAUAGUGGGAGGAACACCAAGGCUGCUCUUUCAUUUUAUCGACGUGAGUUGGUUCAGUUAUGGGUGAAAUGUGAAUAGUUUUACAGUGAUUUUGAAGAUUGAUAGCCAAACUCCUCGACAGAAACAAGUUUCCCUUUUGUUCCGAGUCCUGCUGCGUUAAUCUGGGUUCGCACCGCCGACUCUCCGGACUGGCAUUGGCCCGCGGUGUCGAGCUGAGUAGCUGCAACUAAGGCCUCCGGCCUCCCGAUGGCGAUAUUGUGCGUCUCUCAUGGAUGCUGGUGACGCGACGACGUUUGAAGCGGAAGCAGCGGAAGUCAAGUCUGUGGUCUGUAAAAUGAAGAUAAACAAGCUGAAAUCUUAACUUAUGGUAAAAAGUGAGGGUUUAAAACCGGAGUGGACAUGAAGACGGUAUUCGUUACCGUCGGAAGCACGCGCUUUGAUGAGCUGAUCGAAAGCGUCACUUCCUCUGAGACCACACAGGUGCUGAAGUUUCGGGGAUAUGAGCGUCUGGUUCUUCAGGUCGGAAAAGGAUCUUUGCUUCCAGAUGCCGACAGCUGUGCUCACCUCAGCGUGGAGGCUUUUCGCUUCAAAGACUCGAUAGCAGAAGACAUGAAGCAAGCUGAUCUUGUCAUCAGCCAUGCAGGAGCAGGAAGUUGUCUGGAAGCUCUCGGUGCCGGCAAACCUCUGCUAGUUGUGGUCAAUGAUAAACUGAUGGACAACCAUCAGCUGGAGCUGGCCCGGCAGCUGCACAUGGACCACCACCUGCUGUACUGCACAUGCAGCACUCUGACAGAAACGCUGAAGAACAUGGACCUCUCUGUUCUGCAGCCGUUCCCGCCUGGACAGCCGAAGAACUUUGCAAACUUUUUAGACAAAGCCCUCGGAGUGAAAUGAUGUUUUAAUUCCACAACACUGCGGAUUAUGUUUCACAUGAAAGUGCUGACUCUACAUUGUGAAAGAUCAUGACGAUAUGAUGUUGCAGGUGUGUUAUUCUUUAUUUUAUAUAUAUAUAUAUAUCAGUCAUGAGAUCCUAUGAAUGUUCAGUCUUUUAAUAUUUCCAUUUUAAAAUGACUUUAUAGUUAAAUACUUCCUCGGCCUGAGGACUUAUGAAAAAGCUUUGCAGAAACUGUCAACUAAAGCAAUAAAUCAAAUGUAAAAUCGCCAUCCGUAAGGUGACUGAACUUCUAAAUCUUUAUGCAGUUCAUGCAUUUUGUCAUUGAGUUUGACCGCUGCAGCUGAGUUCAUAAACAAAGAAGGUCAGAACUAAUGAUAACACUCAGUUUUAGACUAAAUAGCCUCUUGCAUCCUUUUUGCUAAAUGUUCAAAUUACAUUGCUUGAUGGUAAAGUGACAAGCAUUUUACUUGCUUUGGGAGAGUUUAUAUUCACAAAUAUUUUAGUUUGAAGACUUCAGGAAAUAUUUUCGUUAUUAUUUUUUUCCACUAGAUAGAAAUCUAUCUUUGCUUGCAGGUCAGCUCUUUUGCUUUAAUCCGAUUUGUUUUUUGCAUCAGAAACUUUGUAAUCAAAGUUGAUCACAGUGAAGAAGUUUAAUAUAAUAUAAAAUGCUAUUUGGAUAAUCUAAACUACACAGUGCACUUCUUUAUGAAUAUCAAUGAACUAAAAAAAAACUGUCUUCACAAAAAGUAUGUUUGGUACUAAUAAGGCCUCACACAGCGGUGUCUUCCCUCCGAUACCCCUAAAUAAAAUGUUGAGCAACCAACAGCCUUCCAAAAUCACCUAAUCGGUAAAUAAAACCUGAGUGUAACUUAAUCUCUGCAUACAUGCAGCUGUUCUGUGAAGGCCACAGGUGUUUUUUAGAGAACAAACAGCAUCAUGAAGACAGAGGAACCCAACAGACAGGAAGAAAUUUAAAGUGUUCAUGAUUCUGCAGUCCACAAAUCUGGCAUUUAUGGAAGAGCGCAGGAAGGACACUAUAUGAAGUCCUCUGUAAACUGUGGAGUUGACAUAGCAAACAUGAAAGAAGAGCUGUGGUCAGAUGAGCCCAAAACAUUUAAACUUCUGGCCUACGUGUCACAUUCAGAGAAAGGGAUGUUCAAAGUGUGGCCAUUCCUGGCCCUUGGACUGAUUUUGAUUGGCCCCUGACCACAAGUGAAGAAUGAGAAAAAUGUGGCCAACAAAAUAGAAAACAACUGAUGACCUUCAAAAUUUGGAGAUUGUUUUUCCUUUAAUAAGACAACAGUCCAAAGCAUUGUUUUAUGUUUUGAAUCUUUAAGAUUUUAUAAAAAUGCUGUUUAUUAUUGAGCAGGUGAAAAUAAAAACAGAAAAAAUUACAAUGAACUAAUUUCUGCAAUUUUUAUGAAUUUUGCGGCCUGUGAGUUGUUUAAAUAUGCCAGUUUUUAUCCUAGGGGUAAAAAAUUUUGGACACCACUAGUUUAGAUUAACUAACUAACUAAGGAGUUGAAAGCCAGACUUCACUGGAAUUUCAGACCAUCUCUUCCAUCCAUCAUAAUGGACAAAGAUCACAUCCCUGACUCCCCAACAUCCAAUUUUCCUUUGGGAUAUAUAUAAAUAUGUUUUAAUUUAAUUGAGUCAGAGACAUUCAUCUAUUACACAUUUGUCAAACUUGAGGCCUGUGGGCCAAAUACGACCCACCAGAAGUUUUUAUGUGGCCCUGUGGACUCCAAAAAUAGAACCUAAGAUAAGUGUGCUUAAAUGUUAUUUUAUUGAUCAAAUCUGCAUUUUAAUCUUUGACUGUGCCAAAUUACAUUACUGUGAAAAUAUAUCUAAUGUUAUUUGAUUUCAAGAGGUUUUCAUCAAAUGCAGAGACAAGUUGAAGAGAUUCUUAAUUUUUAUAUGGCCCAAAAUAAAAAUUUGUUUGACUGAUUUUAGAUGCGCUCCAUCCAGCCAAACUGAGCCGUAGAAGAUUGGGCAAAAAUAUUUCCCGAGAAAACUGAUCGAGAAAUGCUUCAAAAGACAUUCAGAUGUAGCUCAGAUGUUUGUUCUAAAUAUAAAGACAAAUACAUAAAGUUUAUGAAGAAAAAGUGAAAAGGAUAAAUACGUUUAAAGGGCACCGUCGGCGUGCCGGAAGAGGUGAGUGGGUGUCAAAAGCAUAACCUUGUGGUCUGAUUAUCUCCUGUCCUUUCAGAACAACUUAAUCUUCCUCCAGUCAAAAACAGAUACCAAUAUUCAGCAGCUUUGAUCUAGAGUUUAACAACUUAAAUUUUUUUAUUCCCAAUUAGAAGAUGCAUUUCACAAUGGUUCCCAAACCCAGACAAGAAGCACUUGAUGAGUUAACUUCUAACGGGUUGGAUGUUGAAACACAGCUGACUGAAAAGCUGCACGUACUGUAGUUUGCCCCUUCGACCUAUAAACAGUGACAACCACAACAGGAAACAAUUUCAUCUGCUCUUGCUACGCAGACGUCAGAUGCACUAACACUCAACUGAUAAUCUCGUUCUUUCAACCAGUGACUUUAUGUGAAAGUAAAAUCUUUCUAAUAGAACAGGUCUAAAACCCGCUUCAGGGUGUAUUUGGUUAUUUCCACUAACUAAACUCUUAAGAAUGUUAUAUAAGAGGAAUAAAUCAGAAAAACUGACAGGUUUCCUUCACAGGAAAGUUCCUUCUUGUUUUGUUGGCAGCUGAAUUUCAGAGGAACAGGUCUUGCUGUAAUUCUGGGAUGUGUGGCUUUCUUCAGUUCCUUUCUUCAAACGAGUCACAGCUCACAGAAAUCACCCAGCAGGUUGUGAAAAGAGCAGUUCUGAAAAGUCAAACUAAAUGUGUUCAAUCUCACAGCUUCAAUUCAGGGGCAAUUACAGGAUGCAGACAGUUAAUAUAGGACAUAGUGCUUCCUUUUAAAAAAAAAAUAAAACUAGUUUUACAUGUUUAACUCCCUGCUUUUUAUUAUGCCCAUCAAAUAUCAUUUAGAUAGUCAGCAGUACAUGCUACUUAAUUAAAACCGUCAUCAUAAACAGGUUGGGUAAAACAGCAGUCUUAUUUUUUUCUUGGUUUAGUCUGUCUGGUUCAGACUGGUUCAGUCUGACACAAUAUGAUUCACAUGAUGUUUGUUAAUCAAAUUGUAAGGACACAGACAAGUGUCUCGCUCUCUAAUGAGGCCGUGUUCAAGCGAUUCGAAUGCACAUACAGUGCUUUAUUUGAUGCUGUUUCUCUAGAGAAAAACUUUUUAACCUUAACACAUUUAAAAUAAAUACCAGUUGAUCCUAAAAGGAUAAUUGAGGAUUUGUAAAGUGAGGUCCUGUUAAAAAGUUAUAUGUAGCUAAUAUCUUACGUGCAGUAGAAAAUUCUCUUCUUUUAGUGCAAAUCCAGAUUAUUUGUUCAAGAGGUGCUGGGUGUGAAGGAGGUUUCUAAUCUCAAAAUUACGAUUGUUGUUUAUUUGAUUGCUUUUUAAAACCUUUAAACUUUGUCACAUUUGCAUAUGAGGGGAAUAGAGAUUGGAGGCUGUGUGCCAUUAAUUAUCUUCCUGUGAGAAACGCAUACUGAAAAUGAAACGUAAAUUGUUUCUGGUCAGACUGAUGCAAAUGUAAAGAAAAGCAUUCUUAACUUAUUCCAUUUGGAGUACGUGUUUCACUCAGGAAGAUGUUUGGUGCUGCUCCACCUCCAACCUCCACUUAGACAGUAAAUAAUGGGUGUAAUUUCUCCUCCAAAGGGAAUAUGAGAACUGUUUAAGAUUUCAUCAGGUGUUCACACAAGCUGCUUUUAUAUUCUUGUUUUAAAGCGCCAGACGUUUGCUUCACCCUCUGUAACCAGACAUUCUGGAUUUUCACUAAGUGAAGAAACAAACUGAAAAAUCUCCACUAUAGUUAGAUCAUGCAGAUGUCUUGCUCACCACAAACACUUAAUUUUUAUUAAAAGCUUUAAAAAUGUGAAUUUUAUGUUUUACCUACUCAACAGUAAACAUACAAUGUUUUAAUAAAAUGAAUAGUCUUAUUUUGUGCAAUAAAUGGUACUGUACAUUUGCCAUAUUACAAAAAAUGUAUAAAACACCCUAAAUUUAUUAUAUUUUUAUUUUCUUUAUUAUAUUUUUGUCUGUUCUCUUGCUGUGUUUAAUGAAAGAGUGCAUCCAGGUUUGCUAAAAAAAAAAAUCCCCGAAUAGUUGUGAUGAUUUUUACAAUUAAAAGGCAAAUACUUUAUGUUUUACUCUACAUUUAAAACAUAAAGUAUUUGCGAAACUACAAAAGUGAAAAUUGCAUGGUACAAAUAAAAGAAAUGGCCACCUUUGUGGGCUGGCUACAUUUCUCUUCCAUUAGGGCCUGUUGGCAUGCAGUAAGGCAGUGGGGCAAAGCAAGAGGGUGCAACCCGUUUUAUGCCCCAGCUCUUCCCAGUGAGCAAGUAGAAACAAGUAAAGCAGCUGUUGUUUUCCCAGUGGUUUCAUCCCAGUCUCCACUCGACAGACGCUGUCCUGAUAUGUCCUUACUGGGCUGCUCCCAGUGGGAGCACACAACGUUCUCUUCCUCAGAACCUUAAAACGUGAAUCCAUUGUAUUAAGAUGCUUUCAUUUGUACACAACCUUGUGUAAUUACAAAAACAGGUAUUGUGUUUGGACUUUUGAAAUAAUCCUAAUAACAGUCAUGAACUUUGCCUUGCUUAAGAUACAGAGGAGCGAGCAAGGCCUGGUUCCAGAAGGUCCAGAUUAGCACUUUUAUAUAUCAGUUACUUAAAGAGGAAGAUAGUCAAGUCCUUUGUCAUUUCAUGGCCAAAUCUUCAUUUAUUUUUUGACUGAAAUAUUAGUAAAAAAAUAAUAAUAAAAAUCUGAGCAAUUUUUCAAACAAGCAGCGAGUUUGGGAAGGAAAUUUAUUUUAAAAAAGUAAUCACUAAACAAUUUGUUUAACCUCUUUUCUGUAAGCAUUUCUAACACAAAUAAAAAAGAAAAAUCUGAAUUUUUAAAAGAAAAUUAAAGUCCAAUUUGAAACUUAACCAUUUCUUUGUUGCAGCUGCUUGAAUCUGAUUACCAUCAGAGAUGACCGUCAGUGCAUCUAAUUGAUCUAAAGGUUGUGACUCGUGUUUUAUGAAAACAAUUUCAUUUGAACUGGUUGAGCCAAAAGCUCAAAAUGUUUCUGGAAACCAUACAAAUGUUUCUUUCAUCAAAACAAGCCAGGACUGACCCAAGUGGACACGAUUCAGCCAUGCAGAGAAAAUCACAUCCAACAUCCAACAGUGGAUAUCACAGGAAAAAAAGAGCUCCAAAGGAACCUUGUUUGUUUAGCUUCUUUCUUCAAAACAUCACAUGACUCUCAGCCUGUUUUUUACUGUAAAAUACUCUCUAUAACUAUAGUUAGAUUUAGUGCAUGCUGUCACCACUGUGGGGAGGUUUUGCCCAAGGUUUGUUUUGGAUGUAGAGGUUUAAGGUGUUGGCUCUGGUUUAAAUUCUUCCCCACCUACAAGACGGGGUAAAAUUUAAAACACGCUACUGUCUAAAUAUAAUUAUAUGUUGCAGGUGAAACUCCUCCUACAUGUUUUGGUCAGUGCUCUGAUCACUGGUCACACCCAAAUGCACAAUGUUUUCCUACAUUUGUCUGAAGAAGGAGUAAUCUGAGCAAACGGUUUAAGGUUUUAAAUACACAUACAAAAACAACUUUGGUGAAAGCUGAGAAGGAAAGAUUUAAAAGUUUAUAACACAAGAGCGUUUAAAUGUCACGUAUAAUCGUUUUACAACUUUUCUUUUUCACUGAAGACAAAUCUAGUGUUGGCAAAGUCUCCAGCUCAAAUUUAAAUUUAGAAAAUUAAGAGUUAUGUGAUUUGUCCAGUCUGGACAAAUCACAUAACUGUAGUGGAGAUUUUUCUGGAGAAAGAGAUCAAGGCAAAUUUAAGCAGUAGCUCAGAAAUCUAACAAACCGACAUCCUAUCUAGAGAUUUAAAAGUGUGGACAUAGUGAGAAAUGAAAAAUAAUUCAAAACAUUAACAAAUGUGUUUUGUUUUAAAUGUAAUUUCUGUUCCAAUUCCGACCAGCAUUAUUCUGAUGCCCCAAGCAUUUCUCACUGUAAUGUUUUAUGUCUGGAAGCUGGUGAUGUUUAUGCAAGUCUCACAUUUCUCCAUUAAUUCAGUCCACAUACACCUGAGGGUUUAAAUGCACUAUAGCAAAGUAGCUAUCAAAUCAUUAUUCUUUCACACCAGUCAAACUCUAUAUGUCAAAUUUCACCUUCCUUCAUUUGGCUCAGACACAGAGGAAAUAAACAAUGCUGCUAGAUUACACCUAAUUUUUGGUGAACUAAGAUCUCACUUGAUAAAUAUAUAAAUAACAGCUGCAUUUGCCUCCAUAUUCUGCUUUUUACUCCUUCCUUGAGUGAUCCAUCUACCCAAAACAUAAAUUUUGUAGUGAAAACAAUGGAAAUCUAUCCAUUUAGCCAGACUGUUGUAGAGAGCUGUUACGUCACGAUCCAUUUAAUGUAGAGCUUUUCUGUUUUAGUUGCUGUGCCUCAAAAAACUCCUAUUGUUUCAGUGGCCACUAAAAAUUUAUAAGCAUUUUGUAAUUUAGAGAUUUUGAGGUUCUCUGGCUCUAAAAUAUUAUAUUCAUCCACAAAGAUGACAAAUAGCAACAUAAAUUUCUAGUUCUUUUGUUUUUACAUACUCUGCUUUCAGUGAGUAAGGGUUUUUUUCUGUGGCUUUUAGUUCUUUUAUUAAUUCUGUGGCCAUAUUUCUUAUGCCUAAAAGUAACUCUCCAGCAAAAACCAAGUGUUGGUGUCUGAGUCAGACUAGUGCAGCUGCUUUAAUCUAAUUAGGAAAACCUAAAAAUAGUGCUUUUUAAGUAUUAAGGCUUUUUAAUAAGUAUCUUCAUUUAGGUUUGUUGAAGCUUUUUUAAUGUAAAGGUUAUAUUUAACAAUGUAAACAUGUCCAGUGACUGAACGGUCAAUCAUCAUUCACUGUUAUGAAUUAUAAUAAUACAGUUAAGACAGAAAUUGUUAACUGCAUAAAAUCUGACUGAACUUUGAACACAGCUUUCUUAAAAGGACCGACUGCUGGGAAUCCAUAUAAAAACUGAACUUGGUAUCUGUUUGGGUUUAUGGGUUUUGUGAUCUUGAGUUCCACUUUCGUGUUUGGUUUAAAAAACGCUUUCUACACAUUUGGAAUCGUUUUGCUUCUUCUUUCGAUUAGCUGCACAAGCCAGAAAUAAAA